ACGAGGCGCUUAACGAGUCUUCCUUGGAAACUAACAAACAGUAAUGGCGGGUUGAGCUCGUCAAAAUGAAUAAAUAAUGAAAGAAAGGACGUCGACACGCACAGCCCGAUAACAAGAUUUCGUGACAACCCAUCGUAAGACAACAGAUACAAUCCUGCAUGCAGUUAAAAAUUAGGAACAUCAACUAUUUAUGAUGGCCUGACAAGUAGGAGCAAGCUAUAAGCACCCUCAUUAUUGAUGAACAUAAAAAACUUCUAGUCAUAAUAGUCAUAGAAUCAAGAGCGAAAAAUUCAGAUAGACCAAGAUGCCUGUUGCAGGAGAUAGAUUACAGACACUGCAGGUCUGCAAGCUUUUGCAAUGUGUCAGAGAAAAAGACAUGAAUCAAAUCACAAAACUCAUAAACCAUGGGAUACCGUACCUGAUUAAUUAUAACGAUGCCAAUGAUGGUUUGACGGCCCUGGGAGUGGCUGCUGCAGCUAAUGAUGAUGAGAUGGUCAAAUUUUUAAUUGGUUCCGGAGCUCACCCCGAUGCUGUGGACUUGAAGGGUAGGACCGCUUCAAUGAGAGCAGCGGAGUUUGGGCAUGUUCAGUGUUUGGAACAACUAAUGGAGGUUAAAGCUAAAAUGGACAUAAAAGAUUUGGAAGGAAAAGGUAUUUUAUUCUACUGUAUUUCUCCCACUGAGCGCCAUGCCAAAUGUUUAGAGAUAGCAGUGGAGCAUGGAGCAGACCCAAACAACAUAUCAAUGGAGGGGAUUCCAGUUCUUCUCUAUGCCUGUGAAACGGCCAUUGAUAAUGAGGAGGCCUGUAUCCAACUCCUUCAGAAGGGAGCUAACCCAAAUGGAAAACAGGAGAAAACAGGAAAGACUUGUUUAAUGGCUGCUGCAGCAAGUGGAAGUGUCAAGGUUGUUCGAGCCAUCCUAGAGCGUGGAGCAGACGUAAAUGCUCUGGAUAUAAAGCAUAACCAUGCUGCUCACUAUGCUGCAAUUGGAGGCAGUUUAGCCGUUUUGGCCUGCAUGUCUGGGCAUGGAGCAUUGUUUGACCAGACUAACUCCGAGGGCAAUACUCCCAUACACAAUGCUGCAAUGAAUGGCCACGGAAUGUGCUGUAAAUUUCUGGCACAAAGAGGUUGUAAUCCUAAACCAAAGAACAAUGAAGGAGAGACAGGGAGAAGUCUGGCAAAGGACAGAGACCACAAAGAGGCCACGAAAGAGUGUAGGAAGGCCGAGAAAAGUUUCGGCAAAGUGGGCAAAAACAACGAGCCUUGGGCCAUUGCUCUAUACGAUUGGGUAUACGAGAGAUCCGAAAAAAUACUUAACAUGAUGAUUAAAUACGAUCCUGAUGAAAAAGGAACUGUGACGAAAGACAAUUUUGCGGACAGUCUGACGGGAAUGGGGGCACCAGUGGAGGAAGAGGAAAUGAAGAAAGUCGUAGCGGCUCACGAUAAAAACAAAGAUGGCAAUGUUGACUUUAAUGACUUUCUAACUGGCAAAAAAUAUGUGAAUAAAAACUAUUUAAUGAGUGCCUUUGAAGGCAAAAAGAAAAAGAAAGGGAAAAAAGGAAAGGGAGGUAAAAAGAAGGGGAAGUUUAAGCUUGUUAUGCCAAUCUGUACUAAAGACGAGGGACCAAGAACCUAUGGAGGAGCACCACCAGAGAUGUUCAUUGAGCGACAUAUUCACUUCACGGAUACAAAUCGUUUUGACAGGGACAAGCCCCCAGCUCACCCACUGCAGGAUGAUUCCGCAUGGUAUUUGAACCAUCCGGACAGAAUGUACAUGAACAUUGCUGAUGCUGCAAAAAAUGGCGACUACGAGUCACUGAAGAAUGCUUUCCAGAGGGGUUCAACGGCAGACACCCGGGAUAAGUACUACAAGACUCCACUGAUGGUGGCUUGUGCUACUGGAAGGAUUGACAUGGUCAAGUUUCUUGUUGACAAUGGGGCAAUGAUCAAUGCCAGGGACAACUUCAAAUGGACACCACUUCACCAUGCUUGCCACGCAGGACAACUGGAUGUGGUGGAGUAUCUGAUUGACCACAGUGCCGAGAUAGACGCUACCACAAUGAAUGGUGGUACACCACUCACACGAGCCAUUGAGAGUUCUCGAGAUAGUGUGGUAGAGUAUCUCAUCGGUAAAGGCUGUAAAGUGCAGACCGAAAAUUCUAAAGGUCAUACUCCAAUGGACGUUGCCAUAGCAUGGGCUGAUCCAAGAGUUGUAGAUGUCGUGCAGUUAAAAUGGGAGAGCCUGCCAGCCAUGGGGGACAAGAAAGGAGGGAAAGGAAAGAAAGGCAAAGGGGGAGGGGGUAAAACCACUCGCCCUUCCUCAGGACCAGCCCCUGAGGCGAAGGAGAAUGUCGCUCACCAUUCCCAUUCAGGUCCAUUGGGAUUUGGGGAGUUUGAUGAGCCCCCAAGACAGAGGAAAGGCUCCAUUCUCCGGGCGGCCUCCGCUCUAGCUGGGGGGAUGGACGAACAGGAAGACAUUACAUAUACUCCUCUAGUUCCUUGGACCAAACAGCCAAGCAGUAAAGAACUCAUCGAACAGCGACAAAUUAAUCGGGAGCGAUAUGGGUGGGAAGUGGACUUUGAUGACUUUGAGAUGCCCUUUAAUAAAAAUGUUACUAAACGAUGUGAAGAAAUGGGGGAUGAUGAUUAAUGAUGACCUUUUUUAAAACAUCAUUUUUAUAUUUUGUAUAUGAAUUUCAGGAAGAGAGCAUAACUUUGAUUUUGAUCUAGAUUAUGAAACUGCUGAAUUGUUAAUUUCAUGAGUACCUGUGCAUCAAUCAUAUAUGCAAUUUACUGUGGACACAUAUUUUUUUGCCUUAUUUUCUUUCACAUGCAAACAUGUUUCAUUGUGUGUUGAUGAAAUCAUCAGUAUUGUUAAAUGCAUGUUCUUGGCAGUAGCCAGUUCGGUUAUAAAGCAAAUUCUGUGAUAAAACUGUUCCUAAUUUUUAUUUGGUUGAGAAGCCUUUGUACAUGUAUCAGAGUAAAUUCAUGACUUAAUCACAUAACUACUUUGAAAAUUUAAAUUGUGUAAAUACACAUUUCAAAAUGUACAAAACUAUCACUAUCUGCUGUACGUGUUACCUUAAGUUGGAUGUCAGUAGGUAUAGAAAUAUAAGUUUGCAUGCAUGAGCCAUUUCAUGACUGAAAUGAAGGGUUUUUUUUCCCCAUAAAGUAAAAUGAUACUUCAUACUAUAAAGUUAAUUGAGUUGGAACAGAUAUCGGUAGAUGGAUUUUUUAUAAACCCCUUGUCAGAGGAAUUGAUAUAAUAUCUGGAAAUCAUGUGUUUGACUAUAGUAAUGAGUGAGGUAAGGCUUUGUCCCUUUACAUUAUGAGAUAGAUUUAUAAGUAUGCGUUGUUACUGUACAUAGAUGGAAUUACAUGUGCUGGUACAUGUAUAUGUAUGCAUUGUUUUGGAGAAGUUGUAUGAAUUUAAAGUUUGUAUCUUUGUUAACUCUUUUAAUUGUAACUUGAUUAUUGGUGAAUAAAUAUAUUGCCAAGACCUG